UGGCUUUGACAGCGCGUUGGGCGCCGGGAGUAGAGCAUGGCAGCUUGAAGGGGAAUAGGUGAAUGGUGACAGACGGAGAGUGUCCGUGAUACCGCAGCGGCUGGAGAUGUGGGUGCUGACCCGGUUAUUGCGCGGGGGGCGCUCCCUGUGCUCAGACUUGCUGCAAUCCACGCGGCCGUUUUCUCUCGGGCAUCGGGAUCUCGGGAGAAAAAAUUUCCUGCCCCAACCUAAAGACACGGAUCGUUGGGACAACAAGCGGGCUCUUUUUGGGGUCUAUGACAACAUAGGAAUACUGGGGGAAUUUCGAGCCCACCCGCGAGACUUGAUCGUGGGUCCUACCUGGUUAAAGGGCUUUCGUGGGAAUGAACUGCAGAGAUGUAUCCGCAAGCGCCAGGUGGUUGGAUCGAGAAUGUUUUUCCAGGACAGAGAAGACCUCAAGAAGAGAAUCAGCUUCUUGUACAGGAGAUUCAACCGUUAUGGCAAGCACCGAUAAAACCCACGCGACGAUCUAAGGACUCCUAGUGUUCACCUGCAAAUUCCAAUAAUUUAACUCCUUUUGUAUGCACCAAAUAAACAAUUCCAUUGAUCGUGUCUAAAGGGACAGUAUGUCGUUGGCAGCCCACUAUAGAACAAAGCACAUUAAAGUAGUUUGCGAGUAACCUUUAAUAUGUGUUUAUCCAAAAGGAAUAAAAAUAACACAAAAAAGCAGCUCUGCAGGAGCUCCCUGCCCAUGGUCAGUCUGCUCUUGUCACUGAUUGGCUGCUGGAAGCUGUCAAUCAGUGGCAGGUACAUCAGUUUGUAUCCCUUUCCUUGCGUGUAUUGGGGUCUGAACUCAUCUCCUGCAAGGUAUUUAGCUGAGGGUUAUGGAAAGUGUUUAAUGCGGAACGAAAAUUUAAGGGGACCACGCAGCUACGCAAAUGAUGAUGAGUGGGCCCAAGGUAAGGAAAGGGUUAUCUGUGAUGGCGGGUAUCUGUAACCUCAGUCGGGGAACUGUGAGAUUGUGUGCAGUUAUAGGAAUUGUGCUGUUGGCCUUAGGCAAUAAAAGCUUAGUCUAUGCCUUUAAACAUUGAAAAA